AUACUACUCAGCACAGGGCUCUUCCUCCCUCUGGACAAUAUGCUCAAUAUCCCCAGUGGCUGCGCCCUGUAGCUGGAUUAUUUUCACUCAAAUCAUCCGCCUUUUCACAUAAACAGGACAUGACUAUCGUCGUCGCCUGUACCGCCCAACACCGCCCAGUGGCCGCCCGUCCGCGGAACCAGCAGCUCGCCGCCAAGCCAUGUUAUCAGCCUUCACGGCUCGGCCGCUCGUCGAGCUCAAACCGCGAGAUAAAUCGCGCAUUGAGUCUGUUCUCCCCUAUGGAGAUCGGCUUCUGGUCGGUUUGAAUAAUGGCAGUUUGCGCAUAUACCGGGUUAAUGAGGUUGAAUAUGAGGAUCACGCUCUUGAUGGGGAUGGGAGCCGUCCCAACACCAACCACAAUCACACCCACAACCACAACCACACGCAUAGCGAAGAUGGAACCGCAGGAGGGGACAGAAAUGGGGAUAUUGCUGGCAAGGAAAGGAAACAGACGGACCUGCUGCGCGAGCUGGAGAAGUUCUCGCGGUACAAGGUCGAGCAGCUGGCGCUCAUCAAGGAGGCUAAGCUGCUUGUUUCGCUGUCGGGCGGGUAUGUCUCCGUGCAUGAUCUGCAGACGUAUGAGCUGCAGGAGCAGCUUGCCCGUACGAAAGGCGCGUCUACUUUCGCUGUGACGUCAAAUAUCGUGAAUGAUCCCGAGACGGGCGUGCCGUCGAUCGUGUCCCGGCUCGUGGUGGCUGUGAAGAGGAAGAUCCUGCUCUGGACGUGGCGCGAUAUGGAGCUCGAGAAGGAUAUCGCGGAGUUGACGCUUGUUAGUGGGAUUAAGACGCUGACGUGGGUGUCUGGGACGAGGCUGGUUGCCGGGCUCAGCUCGAGCUUUGUCUUGGUCGAUAUUGAGACUGCCGAGGUGACCGAUUUGGUUGGCCCCGGGAGUAUUGGCGGUCUUGGGGGUCAGGAGACUGGCCGGUUGGCGGGCGUUGGGGUCGUCAGUAUGAGCUAUAUCGGGAUGGGUGGCACGGCGCCGAAGCCGCUGGCUACGCGGCUGAGUGAGGGUCAGGUGCUCCUGGCUAAGGAUAUCAACACGCAGUUCGUCGAUGUUGAUGGUAACUCGCUGGGCCGCAGGCAGAUUCCGUGGAGCCAUGCGCCGGUGGAUAUCGGGUAUUCGUAUCCGUUUCUGCUGGCUCUGCAUGAUUCGUCCAAGGGCGUUUUGGAGGUCCGCAACCCGGAGACCUUGUCGCUGCUGCAGUCCGUGCCGUUGCCCUCCGCCAGUUUCAUGCACAUCCCUCAGCCAACUAUCAGUCUGGCGCACGCUGGGAAGGGCUUCCUGGUCGGAAGUGACCGCACUAUUUGGCGGAUGGAGGCCUUGAGCUAUGACACGCAGAUCGACUCGCUCGUGGAAAAGGACUUCCUUGACGAGGCUAUCAGUCUUGCUGAUAUGCUGGAAGAUGCCCUCCUCACCAAUAAAGAAAGGCGCCUGCGCGAGAUUAAACUCGAAAAGGCACAGGGGCUGUUUGGAGCGCGCAAGUACCGUGACUCGUUGGAUCUGUUCACGGAGAUUUCAGCGCCUCCUGAGACUGUCAUCCGCCUGUAUCCUAGCCUCAUCGCUGGAGAGCUCUCUUCUGUCCCGGAGGAGUCUGACGAGUCAGAGGACGGCAUGCCUGAAAGCCCGCCCAAGUCUCAGGAGAAUCACCACCAGCAUGAUGGCGCUGGGUCAGAAGACGGUUCUGUCGUCAAGACAUUGACCCAUGUUCCAUCCAUGAGAUCCUUUCUCCGCUCGAGGGCGGACGACAGCAGCGAUGCGGGCAGUAUCCGUGGGAAGCCCGAAGACGCGAAGGACAAGCCCUUGCAGGGGAGAGAUCUGAAGAUUGCCGUCCGUGAGCUCCAGGGCUACCUAGCCGACGUCAGGCGGCGGUUCCAGCGGUUUCUCAACCCCGACGGAUCCCUCAAGAUCAUCGACCCUCCCACCAACGCAGCCGACGACGAGUUCACCGACUCGGUCAUGAAGCUCCUCGACGUAACCAAAGACACCCGCGACUACGACUUCGGCGACCUCCUACGCGAAAAGGCCAAACUCGUCGACACUACCCUCUUCCGCGCCCACAUGUUCGCGACCCCCUCCCUCGCAGGCUCCCUCUUCCGCAUCGCCAAUUUCUGCGACCCAGAAGUAGUAAUGGAGCGCCUUGAAGAAACAGGCCGCCACAACGACCUCAUCGACUUCCUCUACGGCAAAAAACUCCACCGCGAGGCCCUCGAGCUCCUCAAAAAGUUCGGCCAGGCCGACUCAGAAGUCGAAACCGCGCCCCAGCUCCACGGCCCCAAGCGCACAGUCGGAUACCUGCAGAACCUCCCACCGGACUACAUCGACCUUAUCCUUGAGUUCGCGGAGUGGCCUAUGCGCGAGGACCCCGCGCUCGGCAUGGAGAUCUUCCUCGCGGAUACGGAGAACGCGGAGACACUGCCCCGCGAUCAAGUUUUUGAGUUCCUGAGGACUAUUGAUGUGGGCUUGGCGGUGCGGUAUCUGGAGCAUGCUAUUGCGGAGCUGAAUGAUAUGACGCCCGAUUUGCAUCAGAAGUUGCUCGUGCUGUAUCUGGAUCGAUUGACACAGGAUAAGACGGGCGAGUGGCCGUUCGCUAGUGAGAGUGAGCGCCACUCGUGGCGCGAUAGGUUCUUGGAUAUGCUGAAGACCAGCCAGCAGUACUCGCCUGCGAAGAUUUUGAACCGUUUGGACCGUGAGGAUCCGGAUUUCUACGAGGCCCGCGCUAUCGUAUUCAGCAAGAUGGGCCAGCACCGCCAGGCGCUCGAGAUCUACGUGUUCAAACUCGAAGACUACAUCAAGGCAGAAGAGUACUGCAACCACCUCCACAAGUCGGAGGAUACGCCCGUCGAGGAUACACACGCGCGAUGCGGAGCCGCGCUCGAUUCAGAGGACAAACCGUCUAUCUACCUCACCCUGCUCUCUCUCUAUCUGACCCCUCCCCACGGCUAUCAGCCGCGGUAUGGCCCAGCCCUUGAGGUGCUCGCCAAACACGGCUCCCGGCUUCCUCCUAACUCCGCACUGGGCCUCAUUCCUGAGACGCUCCCCGUAAAGGACCUCGAGUUUUACUUCCGUGGUCGCAUGCGCGCUGCGACCUCGUUUCUCAGCGAGACUCGUGUCGUGGCUAACUUGCAAAAGGCGCAGAAUGUUAAAACACAGGCUCAGUUGUUGGUGGGAGAGGGCUCUGGGGUGAAGUCGUCGCGGUCGCGGCAUGUCACUAUCACCGAGGAGAGGGUGUGCGGGAUCUGCCAUCGGCGGAUUGGGGGGAGUGUCAUUGAUGUGUUUCCUGAGUAUGUAUUUUUCUUUUCUUUUUUUUCCCCUUUCUUCUUUUUUUUUUGUCAUGCGGUGAAGGAUGAAGAUGAAUUGUUCUUGCUGACUUGUCCCAGUAAUACCGUCGUGCACCAUGGCUGCUCCAAGCGUGUUCCCUCCACGUCGUGACGAUUGCGAAUAGAAAUAUAGGAUUUGUGGACGGCGUCGAUUCUUGUGGUUUUUGUUAUAUUUUUUUUUCCUUUUCUCUUCUUUUCUUUUCUUUUUGAUCGUUUCUUUCUUUCUCUCUUUUCGUUAUUUCUGUGUCAACCCUCUGUACGAUCGCGAUCGAUGCAUUCCCAG